CUUUCGCACUGUUCGAAUACACCAAAGCGUUCCGUUCAACAAAAAAAAAAAAAAAUCGUCAGGAGGUUGAUAAACGCGUUCUGAGGAGGUAACAUAGCAUAUUAUUUUAUCGUGAUACGCAGUUACGAAUAUUUAUCUUUUUUUUUUUCUGCUCUCCCGAAGCGUGGUGUUAUUUGAAUUCGACAAUCAGACUCACAUCGGAAGUCGGAGAGAAUUAUUCCAAUCUGCUGUGCACCAGUGCGGGUCGUCACUGUUUGUAAGGUACGUAUUUUAUUUCAAAAUAAUCUAACACCUUACACAUGCUAUAUUAUUAUAUCCGCAGUACGAUUUUACUAUUUUUUUUGUUUAUUUUUCUUUAACUCGACGAUGUAACUAUUUCGAAAUAUAUUCUCGGUUCCGUGUACCUAUUUAUCUCGUCUUGCGUACACACACACACACACACACACACAUAUACACACACACACACACACACAGAGGUACGUGAAAUUCGAUUUAAAAGCGGAUCUGUAUGUUACAUAAAUUAUUAUAAUCAUACGUUCGGGAUUCAAGCGCGAUAUUUAACGAGGUGAGCUAGGAAACUGAAUUUGACUUACAACACAACUCGAAUAGAUCCGCCGCCGUCUCCUCGUUCGACACCCGGGCCGGGAUAACGACACGGAAUCUCGCGCGAUUUAAUAUGCCGCAGUCGAUAAAUUUUAACUACCCGUUAUUAUCAACGGAGAUUUUUUUUUUUUUAAUUUCUGUUCUAAGCACUGUACACGUCCGGAAAUAGGUAUACGCGAACGACGCGCGUAAACAUUGUGCCGCGGCCAUCGUCGCGCGCAGUAAUAUUCUCGAACGCUACAGGGCCGCCACCGCCAUCGCUAUGUUAUACGAAGUUUUUUUUUUUUGUUUUGCUUUCCACACGUUUUGUUCCGUUUUUCGUUAAAACGAAAUGUUCUGUACAGAUUACAUGUCGGCCGGGGUAUGUACUCGUCGCGAUCGUACCGGGCCGCGGCCGCCGUCGUAUACGCGCGACAUUUUGGAUCCAGAAUUUUGAACGCCGUCGGCACGGUCCGCCCAGCGAUCGCGAUUGUUGCGCGUACGAUAGUCAUGUUUUUUUCUUUCGACUAUCGAUUGUAAACAUCCGCGGUAUAAUCGAUUUACCGGUCAAAAUUCGAUUUACAAACCGAUCUGCUACACUGCUAUUCGCCGUACGAUACAAUACGAUCGCCCAUCAAGUGAGAUAUCUAAAGCGGUCGGGCGAGAAAACUAUCGACUACAUUAUUGGUAUUUACUGUACGUAAAUCGAACGGAUUCGUCGCCGUCUGCUCGUUCGACACUCGGGACGCCGGCAUGACGACACGACGGUAAACGUAAUAUUUCGAUUUAUAGAUUUAAAACCUCGGUUUUUUUUUUUUUUCUCUAUUUCCGUUCCAAACGCCGGGAAUAUACGCGAUUCGCGAACGAGGCGCCGCAAAGCGUUUAAACAUUGUGCCGCCGCGCAGGAAUAAUCUCGAACACUGCAGCCGUCACGAUAACAUUAACAGGUACGCAAUUUUGUUUUCUAGACGUCCGACACGCGCAUCCCGUUUUCCAGUGCGUGUUUUUCGUACGCGAAAUAUUAUCUUCUGUGAAACUUACGUCCGUAGGUAGGUGUAUAGCUACUCGUCGCGACCGUGUACCGCGCUCCACGCGGGUGUUCGCGCGAAAUUUUGAACGUCGUCGUCCCGGUCGUCUACGGUAACAAUAACGCGAAUCGUAAUUACGUGUAUCCCGCGGGCGAAUUCAAUGUUCGGACGGUUUUUCCGUAGGUCCGUAAACAUUGUUACGGGUUUUUUCCCUCCGAAAUCUAAACACAAUUCGUCGCCGCGGUAUUUUGUAUAAUAUUAAUUUUUAAAGCGCUAGGCCGCGAUCGCCUCCCCCUCCCUGAGGGAUUAUACGUACGGCCCGCGUUUACGCCGCUGACGACGACGACGACGACGACGACGACAACGACAACGACAAUGGACUGUUUACUCGGGGGAGGGGGUUAGGGAGAGGGGGCGAUGGGGGUGGACCGCGUAUAGAACGUUUUACACGUACUUGUAUGCCGUUAUCGUUUCAAAGAAAUUCGUACUCGUGGGGGCGGGAGCACCGGCUGCAGCACGCAACACGAGUGUGUACACAGAACUUGGAUGUUUUGGAGGUCGGUUAUAACAUCAGACUGAACGCCGUACCGUAUUUAUCGGCGGUGCCAUUCUACAGGCGUAUACGAUUGCGCGCGCUGCAUAAUUUUUACUUGCCGCGAUGCGACGUCAAAUUUCACAGAAAAUCCCAUUUUAUAACCGUCAUUUGUUUUCGGCACAUCGGUUCAAAAUAAUUAUCUACCAAUUACAACUGCAGUAUAAAUCCUAUUAUAUAGUUAGGUGUACGAUAUUAUCGGCCAGGGUUGCCAUAAUUUCAUCAAAAAAAACCUGGGACGGACAGCGAAAAUAGCUAAUUAUAAAUUAGACUGAAAAUAUAAUUGAACUAUCGUAUUAUUGUACUCGUAUUAAAUAAAACGACACGUUUUGCAACACCAAUUACAUGUAAAAUGGAUAAUAUAAAUUUUAAAAUGAAUGAUAUCGGAUAUCCGCCCGCGGUUUCUGUACCGUCAGCCUGUGUUCGUAUCUGUAGUGCAUUACUUACGGUUUAUUUUAAAUGUUCUGUUUAAACGCGAAACCAAUAUUUUUGUUUAGUUAAGUCGGAAAGAGUUAGAGAUAUUAUUUUAGUGGUGUGUGUGGAAUUAAUAAUACUGUAGACAUCUCAGUCGAAGGUGAUAAUUAGCAAAUUGACGAACGCAAUGGCGUAUUUAGGAUUUUUCCAAGGGAGAUAUGUAUUGAACUGUUUUUGCGUAUAGAUUGUAUAAUGUGUACGUCUAGGUAUCUAGGAUAAAACGACAAAAAACAAAUUUUAAAAACUUGUAUACUUUUUGUAAGUAGGUAUUAUACAAUUCAAUCUGCAUUAACAUUAACGUUGAAAUGUUAUCGUUAAAAUUAUUAAAAAAAAAAUGUCAUUGGGGGAGGAUAUAUGUAUCCCCGAUCUCUCCCCUUAAAUACGUCACUGGGCGGGACGAGUUUUACGUGAAAACGUGUGCGGGCCGCGGGAACCGAUAAUUAAAUACGAUUGGCAAUACCUAAAGUCGGCAACGCCGCCGUCGCUAACCCAUUUAGCGUUCGGCGGAACGCUUUGGGCCGGUCAAAAUUGCACGUUUCCUUUCAGCCUACGUAAACGGUCGUCCCGACAACCGCGCACGGACUGUACGCACCGAAAGGUGAAACGGUGUCGGCCCGCGAAUGUGUAAAACCGGCGUACUGGUCGAAAAAACCGUUUCGGUCCUUUGCGGGCGUAUGCCAAACGACGUUGAGUCGCCACACGUCUGCCGUGGGUGCGCGUGCGCGCUUGCUGUGAUCUUCACCGGGCGCCGACGCGUAUUAUUAUUCGGUAUUUAUUAGAUGUCUAUAAUGCAUUGUCUGUUUUGUGAACGCGCUGCACAGGGAGGAAAACAACAUUAUUUUCGUUUCCGGCACACUAGAUUUCACCUUUUCUCCCCGAGGUUAGGUUAGGUUACUAUAGGUACGGACCGCCCGUCGUGCUAGAAUUUCAUUUGUUUCCCUUUUUUUUUUUUUUUCUUUACGAUAUCCGGUGGCCAUUGAAACCGUAUUAUAGUUUAAUAUAGUUGACUCGUUAUUAUACUUAUUAUUAUUAUUAUUAUUAUUAUCAAACGGUUUCUGAUCGUGAUUCAUGUUUGACGGCGUCGGUUUUUCUUUCGUUGGUUUAAAUCCUGCCGGCGGUUUUGGAUAAAUCGAAUUUUUAAACAUUUUUAGUGAACCAGAAAUUCUAAUCAAAUUCUAAUCCUAUCAAAUUAAUACGUCAAAAAUUGCCCAAACAAAAUGAACAAUUUACCACGUUUAGAAAGGGCCCUAACUAAUAUAGGUAUUUGGGUAAAAUGUCAGAUCUCUACCGUUGUUUUUCACUGAAUUACCACAACGAAAAUAAAAUGGAAAAUAACAGAAAUUAUCGAUUAUGACCGGAGCAAGGUAUCCUAGUGGAAAAGUUGUUGACAAAAAAAAACCGCGCGCGCGCACAGACACAGGCACACACACACACACACACACACGAACACGCACAAAUCACGACAAACCGAAAUACAUUCCUCGGUACGCGCUCGGAAUCGGAUAAAUUUCCGUCAGCACUGUCAGCAGUUCUGACGCCCAUAAUUAUACGCGUUUCGGAAAUAAAAAUUCCAAUAAUGUUUUUUUCAAACCUUUUCCGCGAAAACAUUAAUACGUUCCGACGAUUAUGUAUUUCCUUUCUCUUGUCCCCCUUCCCCCGUUGAAAACAUUAUGAUAUAGGCCUCCCGUCGGAAACGACGACCGCGACCGCGACACGGAGGCAGCGCCGACACGCGGUGGUGUUUACAUUCGCGCGGCAAUAAUAAUAAUAAUAAUAAUAAUAUACUCGAAACGCGCCACCGUGGCCGCCUAACGGGCGCCGUCGCCGCGGCCGUCGUCUACCGGCGGCGGUGGCCUCUACCAUUGAAUAACUCCGGUGUGGCGGCGGUGUCGUCGUCGUUUAGCGGUGUCGGAAUCGUUGCCCCGGUGUGUGUGCACGCCGGGCGGACGGCGAAGGCAUCGCGGCGGCGCGCGUUUCGACCCGGCGCGGCGCGGCGCGUCCAGACCGCCGUCGGUGUGUGUCGAGUGUAGCGUACGUCGCACACGCACACGCACAACCACCCGGGCGCGCGCGCACACGCACCGCCGCCGCCGCCGCCGCCGCACCCGAGACCGACUACACGCACACGCACACACACACACACACACAUACACACACACAAACACACAAACACGCACACACGCACACUCGUGCGCAGGGAUACACGGACACACGCGCACACACACGUUCGUAAUAAUAUCAUAAAUUUUAUAUCAGCGUUGUUGUAGUAGUUGUACUCUAUCGCAAGUAGGUGGUAUAAAAACAUACGUACUCGCAUUAAAAACCCGCAUUGUUUUUGUUUUCGUUCGUUGCGCGUUUUUUUUUUUUUCAUACCGAAUUAAUGUUUAUUAGUUUUUCCGUUUUUUCGUCGAUGUCGAUUACUCUCGGUACCUUACCCAUUUUUGCUCGUCGUUUGUUUUUGUUUUUUUUCCAAGUUCGUUAGUCGUUAUUAUAUCGCUGGUUUUUUCUACCCCCGUUCGUUUUACAAUAACGUAUUAUUAUUAUCAAUAAAAUAAUAAUACAUUUAUUAACAUUAGGUACGUAUAUAUAUAUAUAUAUAUUAAUUAUUUAUUUAUUUAUUUAUGCACCGUUGUAUUUUAGUUACCUAUUGAGCGUUAUCGUCAGGCUCGUACCGUUGCAUAAUAAUGAUAAUAGUAAUAAUAUAAUAUAGGUAAUUAUUAGCUGUAUAGGCUAAUCCGGCGUAACAUUUCGAAGUAUUAUUAAUAACGCAAUAACAUUAUUGUCAAUCAUUAUCAUUAUUGUGAUAUUAUUUAUGUUAGUAACUAUCGCGUCGCCGUUUCGAAAUAUUUUGCGUCGCUUCGCGUCAGCUCGCCUGCCGGUAGUAAGAACGCGGACAUUCCCUCCCCCCUCCUCCCACCCGUUCUUCUCGGGGAUUUUCUUCUAGCUUUUCACGGCGUCGCCAGUUUUUCCGACGAUUUUUUUUUUUCUAAUUGCUAUUUCAUCGCGAAAUAACGGAAAAUAAUGUCACCGUCGCACCGUCGGGAUAUCGAUCUCGCCGUUGUCGUCGUUUCGUAACACGCCACGCUGCCGCGUAUACUCGAUAAAAUCGGUCACAUCGGCCGAGUCGAUCUUGUUUUGGCGCCAAAUGCCAAUUGAUUACAGAACAAUUUUUUUUUCUCUCCCCAAAGCAGUGCACGCGUUUAAUACUUCGGGCCUCGGGUAAGUAACUAGGCGCGAUAAUUAUUACUUUAUUGGCAAUAUUUAGUUUACGUGUAUACCGUCGACGAGUCGUUGCAGGGAACAAAACACGAUUCCCGAGUUCUUAUAGAUCGUAAAGGCCCGGACGCGACAUUAUACCUAACUGAAGUAAUCGUAUUAAUAGGGUACCUAUUUUUUUUCGCGUUCCUGCAGAACUGAUAACAAGUGAGGCCGUUUGUUGACAUUUUUCUACUAUAUGAUUUAGUGCCAAACAUAAUAACAUUAUAUGACAACCGUGAUGAAAACACCAUGGGGGGACUAUACAGUCAGUUCAUUGAUAAUCUCGACGAUUGAAAUAACUCUAGUUCCGUUCGAUAUUUGUACAUUUUUUAUUUCUUGUAGCACAAUACUACAGCCUUCCGCCAUUUUAUUAAUACAUCAUACAUACAGAGUGAUUUUUUAGAUUCUAGCGUAGAAUUUAUUGGCUUACAAAGAUGUUAAUUUAAUUUUUAAAUACUGUGUACAAAAAUUCUACCUGAAAUUUUGCUCUGAAGUAUCAAGUAUUGCAUCUUUCUGAAAGGGAAUUCUCCCGGGCUGGUACUUUAGGAAGUUAAUUUUUUGAUUUUCCCAGGAGUUUUUCCAAACGGAAAAACGGGAUAAUGUACGAAAUAUAUGUAUUAGUAAAAUAUUACGGUCUUUUUUUUUUCUCUCUAAAUAACUUUUCUACCAGAAAUUUUACUCCGAUUUAUAACGAUAGCACUUUUUCUGAAUGGAACUCUGACUGGGGUGGUAUUUUAGGAGAUCAUUUUUUGAUUUUUUCAGCUGUUUUCAUAGUAAAUUGGAAAAUCCAAGAAAAUGACAAUGUAAUACUACUAAUCGACCCCCGCUCAGAAUUGUUUUUCGUUAGCAAUGGUUAAUCGUUGUAGAUAUACAUUCAAUUUCUUUUCUAUCUUUCCAACUCCGUUCCUACAACAGUGGUCUACCCACGUGUGAAGUAUGUCCAUCUUUUUUUUAUCAUGAACUAGCAAUUAUCUCGGAAGAUUUUAAGUGAAUUUGGUUUUUUUUUUUUUAAUCAUUAUCGAAUCGUUUAAGGUCUAUUUUAAAAACAUUUUUAAUUUUUUAUCUCUAACCUAUAUACCUUAGUCCGUAAAUGAGCACAUAUUUUGUUUUUCAAAUAGGAACCCCUCUUUUUGAACACAGAUUCAAAUAAAGAAAUUUUUUAGAAAUUUUAUUAUGCAUAACUAUUUUUUGAUGAUAUAAAUUGAUAACUCUUCUUUAUUCUUCCAGAAUAAACUUUAAAUUUUUAUAAAUCAUAAGCUGUACAUUUGAUAUUAGUGUUAAUGUAAUAAAUUCGACGUAAAAUCGAUAAUACGGUACAAUUUAAAAAUAAUAGGAUAGUUUACUGUUAAAGUCUAAAGGUGUCGCUGACGCCGGAAAAUCGUCAGCAUUAAGUAAAAUUAUAAUUUAAUACAAUGUUUAGUAUCUAACUAAACAUGUUACUAAAAUGUGUUCUUGAUAUUUUUCGAAAAAAACGGUUUUCAUUUUUAAAGUCGACGUUAUGCGUUUCGGGUUUCAUUUCAAUGGAGUGGAUUUUGUUUUCUUAGUGGAGUCUGUUACAGAAUAUAUUUUAUUCUCAGGGUUAUAAAAUAUGAAAGUUAUAUUUAUUAAAUAAUUUAUAAAUGUUUUAUGAAAUAUUUCAUUUUGAAGAACCAUUACAAACAAAUUUAAAACGUCAAUAGUAGGUAAUUACUGCAGACUUCGUAGCUUUUUAAAAAUUAUUAAUAACAUAACAUAAUAAAAACAUUUAUAAUUAACAAUAGUUUAUAACAUUAGUUUGUGCUGUAUGUUUUUUUUUAAAUUUAGUACAAAAUAGUACAAAAUCUAAUAAACAAAAAAAGAGCCGAUACUGCUGAUGGGUGUGCCAUUCCAUUGUUGUAGGUGGUAAGUUUAAAAGGUAGAAUACAUUGCUAAACAUACAGGUAUGUCAGCAAGAUAACCAAAUUACACUAUCGCUGCGUAUUUUACGCCAGUGUCGGUCAUAUUGCAUCUGAUAUCAAUAAAUUUGGCAGUUAUCAAGACGUGGUAUCGUUUUAUUAUUACUUUGAGAUUUUACUAUAACGAUAAAAAAAAUCGGCAAUAUUAUUUAUUCUAUGAUGUAUGCCAGUGACGGCCAUAUGCGCAGUGUUAUCUAUGCGCAGUGUUAUCUUGCUGACAUAUCCGUAUAUUUAGCCAUGGUAGUGUAAUUAUUAUUAUUAUUGUUUAUUUCUUCGAAAAGAUAAUGGGCCCCACUUAAAUUAUAAAAUUAUUUAAUUUAUAUAUUUUGUAAACAACGAUAAACCUAGCAAUGAUUGUUAAGGAAAUACGAUUCUGAACGUAGUUUAGUUUUACAUGUUUUAAAUUGUGCAAAAAUUAUAUUUUAAAGCUUAUGGAAAAAAAUUACUAUAUUACCCUCAACUUUUCAGAUUUGGAGCAUAGUGAGAGAUCUUUUGGUUUUAUAUGAUGCGUGUUUUUUUUUUUUUUGUGUUUGUAAAUAACUUUUUUAUUAGAAAUCUUGCUUCGAUAAACCUAUUUUCGAAAAAAAUUUUCUCUAGCCGAUGCAUUAAAAAGGUCAUUUUUUGGUGUUCCUAGAGGUUUUUAAAAUAAUUAGAAAAAACUGGAAAGAAAAUUAAAGGUAAAAUGGCAAAAAUAGAGAAAGUCAUUUUUUGAUAUCUAUAGAAGUUUUCAUAAUAAUUGGAAAUAAUUAAAAAAGACGAAAAAUACGAUUUUUUAACUUACAAUCAUUUUAUUAUUUGAAAUUUUUUUAAAAAUUUAUUUUUCUACCAGAAAUCUUUUUUUAAAUUUUAAGAAUAGCAUAUUUUCUGAAAAUAAAUUUUGUCUAGUUUGUGAUGAGUAAUAAAGUCGUUUUUUUGACUUUCCGUUUAGUUUUCCUAAUAAUUAAAUCAGGAAAAAAUGUAUGAAAUACGGAAAAGUGUGCUAUAUUUAUGUUAUUCAGUUAAAAAUAAUCGUAGAAACCUCUAGUUUUUACAUCAUAUUUAUAUUGAUCUUUUUGUAAACGUGGUCAAAUUUUCAAAACAUUCUAGCUAUUUUUAGGCUAUUUAUAGAUAUUUAGUAUUUUCGUGUUUUUAUAUGUAUUUUUAUUUGGUAUACUUAUCUGUUGUUAAAAUUAUAUUACUUAGAGAAAUGCUUGAAAUUUUAACACAAUGUACAUUAUAAGUUGUUCCUUAGUGGUCUUGUACCUAGAGAUUUUUUUAGAGAUUUCAAUACCGUUUUCAUAUUUAUACAUACAUUAAAUAUUUAAUAAAUUAUUUAUCUCAUAAUUUAAUAAUAUAUAAUAUUAUUAUGCAAUUAUGAAUAAUUUAGAAACGUACUGAAUUAUAAUGAUAGUGUCACAUUGUCACCUUGUUGGCUGUUUAAGUGUAAAAACUUUAAUUAGUGCGACAAAUUAUAACCGUAAUUUAUUGUGUUACAUUAUAAUUCUAUAGAAUUGAUGAAUAACUAAUAAGAAGACCCUAUAGUCGAUGGCAAGUUUAUUGAAAUAUUUCGCAAUUUGUUUGUUUGUUCGUUUGUUAGGAUCAUACUAUUUAGCAUUACAGGUUUUAUUAGUAGUGUUGCGGCUUGUGAAAUACAUUUUAAAAUUGUUAAAACGAUGCAGUUGACUCACGGUUCGAAAAGACUAAUUCAUUUUGGACCCAUUCUUAUAAUGUCCUGGUUAGCGAAUUGUUCUAGGAGUGAUUUGUGCAUAAUAAACUCAUUGAAUAUCUCUUCUCAAUGUCCAAUAGGGUUUUCAUAAUUAAAUAAAAUAUUCAUAGUUGGUCUGUCCAACUAUUCCAACUUAGACACAUUGGUAUAUAGUGAAAUUCACAAAAAUAUAAAUUAUUUUCUUUAAUAUACAUUACAGCGAGGUCAUAAUAAAGAAUACUAGCCAAUAAUAAAAUGAGUUUAUAAAAAUAAUCUUUUAAUAUUAUGUUUUUUUUUUAAAAUAUCUAUGUAUUAAUACUCUUAGUUUUAUAAUAUUAAUUAUAUACGAGUUUAAUUCAUAGCCUUGGCAUUGAAUAAUCACUGUCAAUAAAUUAUGUUUGCUCUAGCUUUAUACGAGUAAACGUAUCUAUUUUAUUUUAUAUUAAAAAUACAUACAUCAUUUUUUAGAUCUUGCAAUUCAAUUGUACUAAGUACUUUAUUUUAUGAUAGGGAUGACUAGUUAAAGCAUCCGUUCCAAGCCUAAUGCAUAUAUACAAUAACCUUGUCUUGUUAACUACAUUGCUUUUUAAUCUACAUAUAAUAAUAUAUGACUUACAUGCAGGUCCAACCCUGCAUGUAAGUCAUUGGGUAGUCCAACCUACUUAAUAAAAACAGCCUGGGAAAUAUUUAUUCGUCCGGCCCAAAAAAUUAUAUAGCGGCCCCGUUUCAGUUUAAUACUUUCUAUCGCCAAUACUUUUAUUUGAAAGUGCUCUAACUUGCAUUAGGGCCAACCGAUAGCUUGCGUCCUACUACAGUGUUUUACAACAUAUUAUAGACCCUUCGAUAGCGUACAGCAGUUCUUGGCAGUUUAUUAUCAGCCCUUCAAGUCAGUGGAGUACCGAUAGGGUGUUAUGGUGGGCUAUGAGCCACGACUUAUGCUAUUUAGGGGCCCCAAAACAGGGCCCAAGACAUUAUUUUUCAGUGGAUGGACAGGUAAAUAAAAAACAGGCGAUGACCAUUGUUUUGCUUAUUAAGUAACAAGAGUGGACGGACAGAUGUAUAAAAACACAAGUCUUUUUUCUUUUUAAGACAUUUAUAGAUUUGUAUGCUUUGGGGGAGCUAUUUCGAACUUAUUUUUCACAAUUUUUUAAAAUAUAAUAUUUAUCAAAACGAAAAUCAUUAAACAAUUUUAAAUUAAUAUAUUAAAAAUGUUACUUUUUAGUGUCAAAAAAGAAAUAUGGAACUAAAUGUAUUUAAAAAUCAAUAUGCAACGUACUAAGUUACUUAGCUUAAUCAAUACAAAUUAAAAGUAAAUAUUUCAUUAAAUAGGUUUUUUUUAUUAAUUUGUUUAUGGUUUGGCACAUAAUUGAAUGAAGUAGGUAAUUGUUUUUAUUAUUUUAGAUAUUUUUUAAUUAAAAAACUAGAAAAAAAAAUUUGUAGUACCUAUCUUUUGUUUAUAUUUUAGAGUUUUUAGUGCAUUAGUGCUUGCAAAUUUCGUGCUUUUUAGAGCUACAUGUCCUCUGCCCUAAGUAUGACUGAUGCACUAUGUAAGUUAUUAAAAUCUAAAAGUUAUGCAAAUACAGCUCUACCUACAACUUUAUCUUCUUCUAUCGCACAUUUUAUCCUUGAAUCACACUUAAUAUAGGUAUUUCUAACUAUACAUUCCAUUAACGGUUAAUAAAGCAUUUUAGUUUAUCUAUUUUUAAUUUUAAUUCAAUAAAACAAACUAAAACAAAAUAAAUAUAUAAUAAAUAAAUAAAUAAAUAAAUAAACUUCUAAUAAAUUUUAUUCCUAUCUGUAAUACUAACUUAUUUAAGUAUACUUAUACGAUUUAUAAUUUAAAUAUCUACGAAAUGUCCAUACGAGAAUACCUUAUAAUAAUAAUGUUAUCUACGUUAGUCGCGGUUUAUAAAUUAGUAUUGUAUAAUAUUGACGAAGAUAAUAUUAUUAUAAAACACGCAUAGGUUCCUAUUAGGCACCGAUAUACUCUCAUGGGUAUAAAUAACUGUUUUAUAACUUAUCUUAUCAGCUACCGUUGCGUAGUCUAGGGCACACACCUCACGAUUAUAAUUUAUUACAAAAUAUAGUAAAUCGCGGUUUAAUAGUAAAAUGAUAGGUAUAAUUUAUACUACCUACCUUCCACCUAUUUAAUAUUUUAUUCAAUUAAAAAAAAGUUAUGUCGUAAAAAUACACUAUUAUGCAAGUGAAUUAUAUUUACGUGGAUCAUAUAUAUCACAUAAUAUAUCAGGUAUAUCUAUUUUAAAAAAAAUUAUCAAUUUUUUUUAAGUUUAAAUUUAAACGAAACGAUAACGUCUAGACGUUGUGGCAUAUACCUAGACAUAGUGGCGCAACUAGACUAUUAAUUAAUAUUAAUAUAAAUUGUUACCUACCAGCAAUUUAAACACUCAUUUUUUUUAAAGUUCCUCCUUUCUUUGAAUCUUAUUUUAACUUUUACGUAGAUGUCGAUAAUUAAUAUAAUAAUCAAAUAUUAGAAAAUAUGAAAAAAAAAACUUAAAAAUUACUUUUUAUUGCUUUUCCUUGAGGCAAUCACUUGUUUUUUUUUUCGGAGUGGGGCUGUUUUUGGUAAUGUGUCACUUUGCUAACUCAUGCGCUAUUUGCAAAACUACUUAGACAGAUUGAGUUGAUUUUAUUGCUAUUUUAAUUAUAUAACAGCAAUUAUACAAUUGUAUUAUUGUUUUUAGAGCUUAAUUUCACUUGAAUAUUUUAUACAUUAUAUAUAUAUAUAUAUAUAUAUAUAUAUAUGUAUAAAAAAAAUACCGUUUUAAAUAAUUAAAUGGUAGAUACUGUCAUGACUCUUGAUCUAUUAAACGUGGUUAAAUUACGACACACAAAACUCAAAUAUUGUAGCGUUUAUAGGUUAUGCCAAUAGGUAUACCACUAAAAAUGUGCUAAAUGAUAGCGUAUACUCGGGUACCCAUGAUUUAUUGUCGAUGUAUAAACAAUAAUCAAAACUUAUUCUAUACAACCAAACUACAUUUGUUAUCAUACAUAAUAUUUAAUUAGUAAUGUAAUUAGUUUUAGGAUCGUGGUCAAAACAGGUUUACGAAUAAAUAAAAAAAAAAUGUCACCGGAAAAAAGUUCAACCUAAAUAAAAUAACUGAUACUGCUGAUAAGAUGCCACUGAUAUUGGUAGGAAGUUAGGCAAGUAGGAUACAACGUAUACAGACAAAUAAUUUAAAUCUGUAUGCAAUGAUAAAUCAUUACUAACGAAAAGCUAUUUUGAGCAAAAUAUUAUUAAACAUGUUUUUAAAUGCUACGAUUUUAUUGAUUUUGAUACAAAUUUUGAACUUUAAAUGCUUUUAUACAUUUAUAGGGGAAAAAAAAUCGCCACUAUCCAAUAACUGACCCCCUCUAUAUAUCGAUAUGAUAAAAUUUGUUUCUAAAAAAGAUGCUGUACUUAUAAGUAGAUAAAAUUUAACAGAUACACUAACUAAAAAAAAAAAAAAAAAACACUAUAGUAGAACCAAUACUAUCCUUAUAAUCCAAAAAUAGUGUACAGAUUUUCCAUAUUUUUUUUUAGCCCACAUAAAAUUAAAAUUUUUACCUUCAAUAACUUCAUUACUGGGAGCAACGAGCAUUAUUAUAGUCGAGCAUUAUAGUCAGUACGAUUAGCAUGAAUACGUAUUUAGUUAUAGUCAUAUUAAGCGUACAAUAAUUGCCUUUUUUUCUAUGAAGACGACUGUAUCAGUGCAGUGAUCGCAGAAAGAAUAUUUAUUUUUUAGUUGCAGUGUGGAAUAUAAAAUUGUUUUGAGUUUCUCAUUACGCAGUGAUGUACAUAUUUUAAUGUAUCUACACGUUAUAAUUGCAUAGUUUGUACUUACCAGCUUUGCCACUUGCCGGACUGCGAAACAAUUGUCUGAGCAAAUAGAACCCCGAGUAAACUCUACAUUAUUUCGGUAAACAUUCGUUGUGGUUUACCGCCGUAGUUAAGUGUUCAGUGUUUUGAAUGCGACGAAACUGAAACGAACCCACGACACUUCCACCCGUAAUAUGUCAACAAGGCCAUAAGACAACUGAGUCAUAAUCGUUAUUCGUUUUGACGAAAUAACGUCUUUUAAACGGAAUUCGCAUUUACUUUAUAAUAAUAAUACCUGUAUAGUUAUUAAUGGAGCAAACUGUAGGGUGAUUUGAGAUUUUUUUUAUUAAUUUUACAUAAUAAUGUAUAGUGUAUAGUUUUAUAUUGUAAUAUUUCAGACAUUUCCGUGUAAAUUUGAAUACAUGCACUUAUUCCGUGAUAUUCAACUAUUUAAUAAUUUAUCAUUCUAAACACAAGUCCAGGUUUCCGGACUAUUAUUUUGGUAGGACAAAACAAAACCAUGUAUUACGAGGUUACAAGACUACGAAAUAUAAUAACCCGGAAGGAUAAAAUGAAAAAGACGUCUUAGGAUAAUGGGGUGCACCCUACCACAUUGUCGCCGCGCACAAGGAGUAACAUUUCCUUGACCGUUUGGUCAGUAAAGCCAGCUCCCGAGUUUUCAAGUAAAGUUAUUGAUGUUAAAAACAUCCUAGGAUAAUCGGGUAGGGUGUAGCCACCCUGUGUGUAUAUAUUUUCUUUAAAAAUAUGUGUUUAAUGUUGUACCGAUUUUCUCAGUUUUUUACGAUUUUUCCCAUUUAUUGGAAAAACUGGAAAAAUCAAAAAAUGACCUCCUCAAGUUAUCAUAUAGUUAAAAUUUCUUUUCAGAAAAUAAGCUACACUUGAUCUAUCAAAGCAAGAUUUUUAGUAGAAAAGUUUGUACAACAAAUCUAGGGGUAUUUUGCGAUUAAAAUAGUCCGAGUGAGCGAUGGAUUGGGUUUCUAGGUACACACAAAAUGCAUUUGUUUUUUUUUUGUUUAGGUAAAAGAUAAAAGAAAAAUGCAAAACAUUUUUUUUCGAGUCACGGGUUUGAACUGGUGUUUAAACAUAUUUUAGAUAAGACAACAUUUAGUGAUUUAACGUAACAUAUAGUAUCCGCAUAAUAUCAGAACUUCAAAAAGCUAUAAUUUCGAAACUUAGUCAAUCCGCUGAAUUUUGACUCCACCAUCGUUCAAUUAAAUUGGCAAUAUACAUAUAUUAAAAAAAAAAAAAAUAGCUGAUACUGGGGAUGGGAGCGGCCACUGUUGUAGGUAAGAAGUUAGGAAGGUAGGAUAGGUAAGCAAGGUAAGCAACGAUAUACCAUUGAUUGACGAAAGACGAUUCUGAGCGCAGUUCGGUAAUAGAUAAUUUGAAGUGUUGUAAUGUUGUUUGUGAUUAUUGUUUAAAUUUAAUUUCAAAACGCUUAUUGCGCUAAAUCGUGCAAUUGCACGUUUUCCUACGUUUUUUCCCACUUAAGUGCUUUUAUUUAAAAUAUGGUGUUGAAAAUCAAAAAAUAACCUCCCUAAAGUACAAUUUAGACAACUUGAGCAUUUCAGAAAAGUUGCUACAUAUAAAAAUCGGAGUAAGUUUACUAGAAAAAAAUGUGUCCACAGACUAGAACAAAGAAAAAAAAGAAAAAGAAGAAUAAACAGCAUUGUAAAACCAACAGCUCUCUUACUACGCUGAGAAUUUCAAAAAAAUUGAAAAAUCAGAUUUGUUCCAUAUCAUUUUUACUCAUCAAUUUUUGUCAAAGUUUGAUAUUAAAAUACUUUUAUAAAAAAAAAAAAACUACAUUAAACUCAAAUUUUAUUUUUUUGACCACAAAGUAAGAUUUUAAAUGAACCUCUUGUUAAAUUGUCAAGCAUAUCUGAUAAGUCUAACAAUUUUACCACAGAGUACCUACCGAAAAAAAAUUACGUACAAAACUUGCAAAAUUAAAAUGUCUAUAAAUAGCUUAAACAUUUUUCGAAAAUUUUACAUGUCUAGAAAAGGCAAAUUUAAGUUUUUAUCCACUUUUCAAGUCUCUACUAAUAUUUUUUACAGAAUUACAACAAAUAAUAAAAUUGAAAAUUAAUAAAAGCAUUUUUUCGUAACUUUCUUAUUUUUCUUCCUUUUUAUCUAGGUUUUUCUCAGAUAUUAUGAAAACUGCUUGAAAAAUCAAAAAUGACCUCCCAAGGUUAGGUAAAGUACCAUCUGGACAACAUUUAUUUUCAGAAAUGGUGCCGCGAGUAUAUAUCUGAGCAAGAUUUGUGGUCGAAUUUUUGUACACAGGAUAAAAAAAAAGAAAAAAAAACCAUCUUCGUAAAAUAUCCAAUAUAUAUACAUUCUUUGCUACACUCAGAAUCUAAAACAAUUUUUUUUGACAAUAAUGUUUGAGUAUUUUUAUUUUACGUUCAUUAUACUAUAUUUUGACUAGUACUUGUAGUGGUACCACACUUAAAAAAAAAUAAUUGAUUAAACUUUAUAAAUAUAUACGAGUUAAUAUAACCAAAGCAUAUUAUAAUGGUUCAUUAUUUUUUUUAUCGAAACGAACUUAUAUGAAAUUAUAUACCAUAUUAUAAUAUUAUUAUGUCACACUGUCACGUGUAUCUUUGUGCCUAUAUUGAAUUGAUAAAAAGUAAUAAAUGUUAUCUUUUUGUAUAUAAUAUAGGUAUUAGGUACCCUGUAGUUAUGACUAAAAAAGCUAUUGCGACUGAAAAUAAUACGUUUAUAGAUAAAGGUAAAAUUCAUAAGCUUACUAAGGUACCUAGUUUGUUUGACAACAUUUUGUUUUGUAUUGAUAAAUUUCUUUAUCAGAAUAUUAUAGACAUAAGCUAUAUUCUAUAUGCCUAGAUAAUAUAUAGCAUUAAAAUUAUCGCUACCUAUUGAAUUUUUAAAAUAUUUAAAAAUAUAAACGAUUAUAGGCAGUAACGGAGACUUAAAUGAAAUAUUAUGAUUAUUUAAUACACAUUACACAUUUUAUACAUACUAUUAUUAAACAUGCUUGGAAGUUAUAAUAACUGCAGGUCGUAGUUUACUAGUGCGUGAAUGAGAGCGCUGGUUCCUGCAACUGUACAUUACCGUGGAAUAGAUUUAUAGAUAGUCGAUCAUAUAAACGAUGUAAUCGUAAAAUUAGGAUCGAAAAUAAAAUCUGGCGAAAACAGUAUUGAAUAGCUGCGACAAGCUUCUGUUUUUUGCUACAUAACAAAAUCGUAAAAAUUGUAAAUCAAACAUUUAUAAUAAUAUAAUAUUAUGUUAUUUAUAUAUGAUACAUUUACGACGACGGAAUAAUAUAAAUUUAUCACAUUUUUUCGUAUUAAAAAUCUCGUGUAGGCCUAUGCAGGACGGGUCUAGGAAUUAGAGAAAUUCGGAGGGUUCAUAAAAAAUUGCAAAUAAUUAAUAUAUUGCAUAUAAUAUCGUAAUCUCCUCUCUAUGUGCAAUAUUAAUUAAUUGUUGUCGUCUCUGUAACUAGUAACUGUAAACAUUAUACCUAUAUAAUCCAAAUUGUACAUACAUUUUUUUAACUAAAUUUUAAACUAUAGUUGAACAUUUGUAAAACAUGUCUCUAUCAUAAUUUAUAUAGAUGUAGCAAUGCACAUAUUAUGAAAAAAGUCUAAAAAUUAAUUGGUUAUGUUAGGUAUAAUUUAAUAUAUUAAACUAUACAAUCCCAUGUUCGUGAUAAUCUGGCAUAUCUAUUUAUUACCUAUUCGAUGUUAAUAUUAUAAUUUUGUAAAGUUAAUCCAGUAUAACUAGUAUCAAAUUUGUCCUUAAAUAUGUUUUAGUCUCCGUAAAGUUAUGAAAUCUCGAAAAUUUCGAAAUCCUAUCGAUAUUACAUUACUCUAGAUAAACUAGACGCUCUAGAUCCGUUGUAAUGAUAUUAAUAAAUUACACAACAUUUCAUUAUAAACAGACAUUUUAUUUUUACCACAACAAUAAAAGUUGUACACAAUUUACAAUUUUCGAAAAAUGUUCGGGCGGGUUUGAACCCCAAACCGUCUAGAUACGUGCCUUGUUAUAAUUUAUAUAAUUUAGUAUAUGCCCUAUUUGUAAAACACCUACAUGCUAAGAAGGGUGGACUUCAGCCUUCAUAGUCCCUCUCUUGUAUUCCCCUUUCGGUAUAUAUGUAGUUUUAACUUUCAACUAUACACCUACCGAACAUUGAGAGGUUACCACAAUGGCAGUUUUCGUCUGUGCUUUUCUAACGGGCUAUAUAGAAAAUGUAUUCUCCUACAACAAACAAAAAGGCUUUUUUCAAAUAUGUUUGAACGAUAAAAUACUUGUUACAAAAUUUGUUGAUGUUCACAUUUUGAAGCAUCAGUAUUUUAUAAUUCUCUAUAAAUAUUCAACUCAUCUUAUCAAAAGAAGAAUUUUUACAUUAUUUGUUUUUCUUAAAUAAAUUCACUUCGUUUUAAGUAAUUUAUAACUUCAAAAAAGCAGAUGAGGCUAUCUUCAAAAUGUUGUCAUUUAUACAGUUUUAAAAUAUGUGUUUUAGAUAUUUUACUUUGUUUUACUUGAACACAUACAUUUUUUAUAUAUUGCUCAUUAGAAAGAUUAUAUCAAAUGUGAUUGAUAUGUCCUUUUAAAUUGCCUGUUGUUUUAACAUUCUAAAUUAAGUGAGAAAUGUAUAGGUUUUACUUUGAUGAGUUUUUUUUUCUAUCUGUUAACAACUGUUCUACCAGAAAUCUCUUGCUCCAAUUAAACAUAUUAUAGGAACUUUCUUUUAGCAUUUUUGAUUUAUCGAGGAGGUUUAUUUUUGAUUUUUCUUGUAGUUUUGUGUAAUGAAAGAGAACAGUUUUCUGAGAGAAGUUUUUAUUUAAAUUUUGUUUAUUUCUGGGUUAUUUUGGCUCAGAAUCGUUUUUCACUAGUAAUGGUUUAUCGUUUCAUGCAGAUAUUCUCCCUUUCAACUUCUUUUCUAAAACAUUUGCACACCCAUCAGCAUUAACAGCCUUUAUUUUAUUACAUUGUGUAAUUUCAAUGACUUACAAUUUUGAUUGAAAAUAUGAAUAUUAAUGAUUACAUAGUAUUAUAUUUUUUUUAUUUUAUGUGUUUGUAGACUUGCUAUAAAAUAUUGUAGGUAGUAGGUAUACCAUAUGAACUAAAAUUUAUUUAACCCAAAUAUUUAGGCUGAUGCAGAUAAAAUAGUAUAAUUGGUUCCGUGAUAUUACAAUAUCUCUGCGUUUAAUAUGCGUGUUGAUUAACAAAUCGUGUCUCAAUUAACUAGAAAAUUACUAUCCGAUACCUAUACAUUAUCUAAGAGAAUUAUAAGAAUUUAACGAAACCUUAUAGGUACCUACGUAGCGUUUUAAGGUAUAUCGCUUUGAACAUACAUAUUAUAAUACAUCCGUGUUAACAAAAUGCAAACUGGUAUUUUAAAAUCGGAAUUUUUAAAGAUGUAGAUUGUAGAGUGCUUCUUUUGGCAUAAUUCCCGAAAUUAUCUUACUUCCCCGUUGAAUAUUUUUAGUUUUUAAAAUACGUAACCGUUCGUAAUUUGUAUUUUUAAAUCAAUAAUAAAUUAUUUUGCUUGAAUAAUUGUUGGUAUAGAUUCAUUGAAUACAACAGUUUUAUAGUUAUAUUUAUUAUUCAUAAAUUCAUAUAAAAUAAUUAUACAUACUUGUGUAUUAUAAUUUUUUUUUUUUUUAAAUAAUAUCUGAAUAUUAAAAUUAAUUUAAUUUGUGUACUAUAUAGAUGUUAUAAGUGAAAACAAAAUCUAUUUAAAAUCUUUAAAAAUAAGACCUAUGGUUAGAGUCGCAGUGUAUACAAUAUGUAAAUACAGGGAAGUGAAAAUAUUAUAAUGAAUAAGGCCUCCGGCAGAACAGGAUAUAAAGUAUAGACACUGUAUAAUAUUAACUGAUUUUUAAGCGAUGACAAUUUAAACAUUAAAUUUGUUUUUAUUAUAAAAUAUAGGUAGAGGAGUUUUAACAAAAUAUGUGUUGCUUUAGGCCACGUUAUACAAAGAAACGAUUAAACGCAUGCUAAAUUUAAUUUUAAAAUAUUGAUUACAAAUAACAAAAAAAAUUGUUUAUCCGGCAAUUCUUUUAUUCACGAGACAAAAAAAAAAAAAAAAAUAUUUUCAUGUUUAUGCUUAAACAUUUUGGAUAUUUUUUUUAAUCAUAAUUGGAUAGUAAAUAACGAUGAACGGCUUCUAAAAUGUUUUCAUUUGAAUAACAAGGAAAUUAUUCAAGUUAACGAAUCAUCUCACAAUAAUAAUUAACUUAUCGCGGUACAUGAUUUCAUGAUUUUUAGGUCGGUAAUUAAUAAAACAUAUUAUUAUGGGUAGUUUACAAUUUAUUUCUUCAUUAACUCAGUGAAUCAUUUCAGUGAUUAUUGUGUUUCGAUACUUUCCUAUAUAUUUAUCAUUGCUGUUAAUAAUUAUUAUUAAUAUAUACGUACGUCGUACACUGCAAUAUUUUUUAAAUUUAAAAAUGAGUGCAUUCGUAGUCAUAAGCACGUUUCUUUGGUAAAAUUUUACAUGACGUGGCGGAAAAUAACAUACCUGCAAGUAGAUAGGUAUCUAUAUACAAGCUAUGGUACACGAAGAUGUGGUUUUGAAAUAAUGUAAAAUCUACAAACAAUAUUAUUUAUAUUUUUAAUAUUAUGCACCUUGUUGACUAAUAUGAUGUAAGACAAUGUGGAAGGUAUCGGGCAACUAUUGUAUGAUAAGAUAGAAUUAUAGUUAAAUUGAAAGGUAAAUACUGUAUAAACAGUAAGAUAGAGAUAGAGCAGACGAUACGUAUAGCAUAGAGAAGAAUAAAUUAUCGAAAUAAGAAAUAAGGAAUAAGAAAAAAAAAAACACUCAAAUUUAAAAUUGUCUUUUUAAAUUUACACUCAUGGAUUUGUGUUGCUUUGUAAUUAUAGAGGGUAAGUAUCUCAAAUUGUCAAAUAAGAACGAAGAAAGUAGAAAUACAGUUAUUUAAAACCAGUAAACAUUUAUAAUAGUCAAUAGAGGGGUUUGAACUCAUUGAGCACGCAUAUUGAAUGUUCGUUGUUUGAACGAUCUACCACCUAUUCCACUGAAUUGUGAUCCAGUACAGUGGUGUCUUUUUUAUGAUAAAAUUAUUAAAUUAAGCAAUUAAUGGACGACGUUCAAUUUGUACGAGAGUUAGUAGGGUUAGUAGGCUAGUGAAUCGUUCUUUUAGGUGAAUCGUUUGUUUGCGAACUGUACAUCUCUACCGUAAACGUAUACCACGUAGAUUUAAAUUAAAUUUUUCAAUAAAUUUUUUCAAAUUGUUUUACAUCGCUCUUCCGAUCGUUAUUCAUCAAUGGGUAUAUAAAGAUAUUUUUGGAUUUCCCGUUGUUUUUUUGUAUUUUUUCAUAACAGUCGUUCUCUGUCGUAAACGUGAAAUGUGAUUAAAAAUUAAAACAGUCAAUUCGUUAUUCACCGCUGACCAAAACCUACAGUGGAGAUAGGUCAUAAGUACAUAUUUAUUGAAUUAAAACAUAUUUGUUAAUUUAGACAUUUUGAUUUAAUAUUAUCUGCUCAUGGCCGUAGGCGUAAGUGAUGAAAAGGUGACGGAGGGGCUAAGUAAUAAAUUUUUGUUUUAUUUUUGUUAAAUACUCAUUAAAAAUAAAUUAUAUGAUUAUCAUACAUUAUACAGUUAAUAAUUUUAAAUUUACAUUUUGCCUAUAAAUGGUUAUUACACGCGUUUUCACAAUACAAUAUGUAUCACAAUAAAUGUAUGGGACAAAUUGAAGUACAACAGAAUAACAAUUCAUUAUAGUAGAAUAAAAUGUAUACUUUAUUAUUUUUCAAACUAAACAGUUUUUAUUAUUAUAUAUUAAUUUGCUCUUUAAAUUGUGUGGGUACAUCAGUAUUUUGUGUCUCCUAUUAUAAAUUAUCUGCUUAAAUUACCUACCACUUGUAUAAUAUUUGCCAAAUAUGACAAAUAAAUGUGUACAUACAUCUAGUCUUUGUAUGACAUAUUAUAAAUUACUCGUUUUUUUAACUUUUAUUAUAUAUAUAUAUAUAUAACUUGCUGUCCCGCGCCCGACGUUGCCCGUGUCGAAAUUUAUUAUUAUUAUUUUACCCAUACUAAUUUUUGGUUUUGGCCGUGUCAGAAUUGAAUGAAAACAAAUAUGUAGAAAGAUGGUAGUUCACCUUCGGCGGACUAAAUGUGUUUUAUUGUAAAAUUUGAAUAGUGAAAAUAAUAGUAAUAAUAAUAAUAAUAAUAAUAACAAUAAUAAUAAUAAUAAUUAUUAUUAUUAUUAUAAUAGUUUUAUUUUCCGUAACACCAAGGUAACCCUUGAAUAAACAAAAAUAAAUAAACAAGCAAUUCGAUAUUAAUACCAAAUAUACCUAAAAUAGAUAUUAUUCUAAACAUUUUAAUUUAACAUACAUUCAUAACCGAUAGAAAGUGAUAAAAUAAGACAUUUUUUUUUUCAAUAAUUAAGGGAUGAAAAUACAAAUUUAAUUUUUCUUUACAUAAUAUGUUUCCCUUCCUCGCAAAAAAAAAACCAGAAUGAAAAAAAAAAAUUAAUAUUGACAGAAUCAUAACCAUAAGAAUAAUACUAUAGGACACCAACUGUAGUUUAAAUAUCUUGUUAUUUAUUAUUUUUAAUUAUUAGAUACAUAUUAGGUUAGGUUAGAUGCAAAUAUCAAUUUAAACUGAGAACUUAACACGUCUUAUAAAAAUCACUUUAAAACGGUAUGUAUGUACAUUAUUGUAUAGCACUAUACUAUAUAAGUAGGUACCUAUUGCAUAAGAAUAUAUAUUCAUAACAUUUGGAAGUUUUGGAAAAUUGCACUGUUGACAACAAUUCUAAGAAUAUACUGUGGGACGAACCCAAAUAAAUGGGAAAAGAGACGAGGUAUAAUAAAAAAAAAGAAGAUAAAUAAUAAUAUUUACCUACCUCGUGGUGUCGGAUGAUCACCAGCAUUUGUUGUGGUAAAAAUAUCAUACUAUUUUCACUGGCUUCCACGGCUAAACGUCAUAAUAUAAUAAUAUUGUAGUAGUCCUCGUUUUUAUAAAAUACACGAGAUGAACAAAAUACUUAAUUUCGUUCGUGCAUCAUAAACGUUGUUAUGACACUUUUUUUCCUUAUUAAGUGGCUAUAAAGAUUUACGAUUAGGCAAUCAUACGAUUCACAUAUACACGUCAUUAUACCGCGUAUAUUUCUAAUGUAAAUACAGCAUUAUUCUUUAAAUUCGGUUUAUAUAGUAUACCUCUAUAAUGGUACCACGAUGUUUACUAAACAACUGUUUGUCAUUGAUAAUAUGCUGCCUGUGACACAUAUUUUAUUUUGUUAUCGUAUUACAUAAUACACGCUUGAAUGGUCACAUAAUAUAAUAUAUGUGUCAUGUGCAUAGGGUUAUUAUUUUAUUAAUGAUUCAGGUGUGCAGUAAUUUGCUUCAUGGGUACGGUUUAUGAAUUUUCUUUUCUUUUUUUUCUUUUUUUUUUCAUACAGAAACUAUAAUGCAAAUUAAUGAAUCGAGGAUAUUAUACGUGUAUAUACGAUGAAUUAUUAUUACUAUUAUUAUCGUUAUUAUCAUUUUUUAAAUACACGGCGAUUCGUUCAACCCGGGAGUACCUAUAGUCUGAGGAAUUCCGAACGUCCUCGAACUCUUCUUAUAAUAAUAAUAAUAAUAAUAAUACGCCACUUGAUUUAUCUCGUAUCUUGAUUGAUUAAUGCUGUAGUAUAGUUAAUUUCGUAUUAUUUUCAAGACCGGCUUUGGUUUCUAUACAAAAUCACGCGCGGUAUCCGUAAAAUUAAAAGCAUUCCUAUACCUACUGACUACAUAUACAUAGUUCAGUUUUGACAUAAUAUAGGUAACAUAACAUAAUGUAUAAUAGCAUCAUCAGUAUAAACAACAACAACGACAUCAGAAAUGUUAUCUUAAAAUUGCAUCGGUAGAUACGAUCGUAUACCCGCGUAUCAUCAAUUUGUCAUAAGCUAUAUGCUUGGAUAAAAAUAGCGUAUUAGGUAUACGCUUAUACCCCCCAAUACACCACUGGGUUUAAGUAACUGUGAUACCAUAUUAUUUUAUGGGACUUGUAAGUUCUAUAUAAUAAUAAAAACGUACAUUUAUGAAUACAUUCGUAUUAUUCAAAUAAAUAAUUACUAAACAUUUAUUUAGUUAUUUUUAGGUACACCGUUUUAUUUAAAUUAUUAUUUUAUGAAAAAUUAUAGUAUUCAUGACGUGAAUUUUUUUCUUUUUAAUCAUACAGUUAUUUUGAAAAAUCAGAAGGAGUGCUCAUUACGAGUACUUACAUACUUACAUACUACCUAUUGAUUUACGAGUAUAAUAUUAACAUAUUUAUGAAAUCACUCCUUGCUGUUACAACAACAACGUCCGAAGGAAAUAUGCAAUUAAUAAAAUAUACGUUGUAUAGUAUUUAUAAAUUAUUUAUUUAAUUCUAAUUAACGUGUCAGAUAUUAAAGUUAUUAAUAUUAUUAGAUAGUUCAUAUUAUAUUAUAAGUAUAUAUAAGAGGCUCCCAAACUUUUUUUUUCCUGUAGAUUACAUGUCGAUUUUUCCUGUUUUUAUUUGUAUACCCACCUAUAUUGAAUGUUUACAAAGUCAUCAACUUCAAACGUACUUUUGACUGAUAACACAGAGCUACCCAUUAGGGUAAGAUUCACUGUGUUCUGAUUAAUUUUAAAAUAUAAAACAUGUUAACUUAGUUUGUAUAUUCAUAUCUUUAUUAAUUACAUUCAGACUUACCGGGCUAAACAAUUUUACCGGCCCAUUUUACUACCUAACAGGGCUAUAGCUCCGUGUUUUUUAGUACUUAGUAAGAAUUUGUCUAUAAGAAGUUUGGUAAUCGUGUUGGAACCCUCUUGUUUCAACACGCGUGUAGACAAUUUCUGGCGAUAGUCUAUAAUUCAAGAUAAAUUACAAGUAUAUUUCUUUAAAGUCAUAAUUGAUUAUAUACCUUUAAACAUUGAUUUUCAAAGUGGUCUAUAUCGAUUUAUAUAUUUAUUAAAUUCUUAUUGAACAUCUCAUUCUACAUCUACAUUUUUUUUCGAUCAUAGUCUACCCUUUAUACUUAUAUAAGUACUCUUGUAUGGACAUAAUAUAGCAAAUAACAAUUAUUCAAAAAUAUGUAUUAUAAAUUUAAGAAACAUUACGAUAAUAACAUUAUAGUAAAACGAUAAAGCAUAUUUUAUUGAAACCAUUGUUUAAAUUAAUUAUUAUUAGUUUUCGAUGCUGACAUAGCGAAGAAAUUAAUAGAUUCUUUAAUAAAUUAGUUUCCGUUUAAUUUGAAGCUGCAGUUAUUAUCGCAUAAUUCUAUAAUUAAUAUGAUGUACGUAUGAUACGUACAACGUAUGUUUCUUUAGUUUAAAAAAAAAAACCAAUAAUAAAAUAUAAUAACAACAUAUUAUUACGGUAAAUAUAAUAUCUAUAAUAUUAUUUGUUUAAUAAUUAUUUACAUUUUAUUUUUAUUUUUUAUCUGUUUUGAUGUAUAAUAAAAUAAAUGGUAAAUAACUGAUAUUUCUCCAAUAUAAUUUAUUUUAUUACUCGCUCGCUAUAAUAAUCAUUCGAAUUCCUUGCGGUGUUGUAUAUCUACGACUGUUUUAAUUAAGUAGUUGAAUGUUUUUAUCGUUCAUUCGUUACAUACAUUAUAAUUGAUAUGAAAAUUUGUUCAAUUUUCUGUAAUAAUUUGGCCAAAUAUGAAUUUAUCAAUAUGAAUGUACCUAUUCCAUACAAAAUUGUAUUUGAAUCAAUUAAAAACAGGGGUGUGUUUAAAAAUUUUAAAUUCUUAGAUCAUUUAUGAUUCUGAUGGAAGCAAGGAAUGUAUUAUUUUUACAAUGAAGUUUUUUUUUUCUGUGAACAACUUUUCUACCAGAAAUUUUAAUGUAGCACUUUUUCUGAAAGAAAAUUUGACUGGGGUGGUACUUUAAGAAGGUCAUUUUUUGAUUUCCUUGGGGUUUUCAUAAUAAAUGUGAAAACAACGUAGGGAAAACGGUAUAAUUUACGAAAUGUAGAUAUUAUUUUUAAAUCGUAAAUAUUACGGCUUUUCAAAACAUGUAAUACCGAACUCCACUCAGAAUCGUUUUUGGUUAGUAAAGAUUAAUCGUUGCGUACAAAUAUACAUUAAAUUCCCCUAUAUCCUACCUUCCCAACUUCUCACUUACAACAGUGGCCCACCCAUAGUGCGAAGUAUGUCCGGAUAUUUUUUUUUAUUGUUAUAGGUCUAACGGAUAGCUUAUUUGUCUCUUUUUAAAUAUAUUAAUAUUUAAUAAAAACAUUAUAGCGACCCACAUCCGAUGUAUACAUAUAAAAUCGAUAACUAAAAUGGAAUAAUUGUUCGUAUUUGUAAUACAUAAAAUCUGAAAUAUCUAUUUAAUAAUGAUAAAAAAAACAUGACCACAAACGUGGUCAGUGGGGAGAGGGCCUUCAUGAGUAUGUUCUUAAUUGAAUAUGACUUGAUUGCUUUCUGGACUCGGAAUUUGAGCUAAUUAUUAAAAUUACAACAAUCAUUAUAAGGUAUCUGGUCUGUGAUAUUUUGGUGCACACUUAACAUGCAAAAAUGAUAAUUAUGUAUACUGUUGAACUCUGUGGCAAGAAUUAUCGCAUUGCAUCAUAAUUUUAUAGUAAUCCAACAACAAAUCAUUUCCUAUGGCAUGUGCAGGAUAUUAACCCCUUUCCUAUCUUUGACUGCGUUAUUCAAUAAAGAAUAAAUUUACGAUUAUUUUUUUUUUCAUAAAUAUAAUACCAACAUAACUAUAUUAUGAAAGUAGAUAUUAUAAUACUAUAUGUAAGGCCAUGUAUAUUAUUAUCUACAAAAGUGAUGCAGUUAAAUAUACCUGAAAAUGACCGGUAUUCCGGUAUUAUAUGCCCUUAAAAUAUGCUCUAAAAAAAAAUAAAAUAUAGAAAAUUCUAAUAUUUUAUUUUAUAUUAGUAGGUAUAGUUAAUUAUUCUCAGCUUUAAAAAUACAAUUUUUUGUAUUUUGGAAAAUUGAAAAGCUUCAAAGUUUGCUCUAUAAAAAAAAUUUAGCGUCGAUGGUUAAUCAUUAGAAAACCCAAUACAACCGAUUUGAGCGAAAUAAAUUAUAUUUGAUAUUUUGAUCUAAAAGUCGGGUUCCAAAUUUAUCAGCUCGGCUGCUCAAAUUUAUAAAUCUUGAAUGCUUAUUUUGUCCUUAUCGAUUUAUUGCGCGAGUUAUAAACAAGACGUACGGGUGUUCGAAAUCCUAAAAUAUGAUCUAAAAAUGUAAAAAAAUCCAGAAGAAAACUUAAAAUACAAUUAUUUACACCGGAAUUUUCGGUCAUCGCAAAACACAUUUUGGCGUAUGGUAAACCGGCUAUAUUUUUUUGAACAAUAAAUAAAAAUAUGUAAAAGUUUAUAUUACCUAUUAUAAAUAUCCGUCUUAAUCAUAUUAUGCUAGUAUUGUUUGAUAAAAUAUUCAUUAAUGGCAACAAAUUAAAUAUUUUAACCGGUGAAAUGAUUUUUAUGAUGCUAAAUUGUAUUAUGUACGAAUCGCGUAAACCGUAUGUUGCUUUUGUUUAUUGAAUUGUUAUUGAUAUCGCGAUAAUGAAAGUAUUACGACCUAAUCAAUAUUAUUAUUUUUUUAUCCUCUAUAAUAACCAUAGAUCGUGUUGUGAAAUCGUAAUAUAUCAUGUGUUUGUGUUUGACUUUGUUUUUUGCUUAUAAAGUGCACCGAAAGCAGAAAUACUAAAGAGCAAUGUAAUACAAAUAUAUAAGUAUUUGAUAUUAAUAUAAUAAUAAUAUGUAUAUCUAAAGUUAAUAUUUAUUUAUGUUUGAACUAGGUUUUUUUUUUAUAUAUAUUUUAAAAUAUAACUUAUAAUAAUAAUAUCAUAUUGUUUAAUUUUCGUUAAAUAUUUCUUGUUAUAAUAUUUUACCGUAGUAGAUACUAAAAAAAUUCCCUAUAAAGCUAUAAUAUAUUAAACAAAUAAAUAAAACACUAAACCGUUUUUAUUUUUAGAUUCUGAGCGGAGUAAAGAAUGUAUUGUUUUUACAAUGAUGUUUAUUUGUUUUUUUGUGAACAGCUUUUCUACCAGCAAUUUUGCUCCGAUUUUCAAUGAUAGCACUUUUUCUGAAUGGAAAUCGGACUGGGGAGAUACUUUAAACAGGUUAUUUUUUGAUUUUCCUAAUAAAUGUGAAAAAAUGGGAAUACAGGUACAAUAUUAAACAAAUAUUAUUAAAGAAAAUAUAUAAUGCAUAUUUAGGUAAUUAUUUUACCAUAAUAUGACAUAUAUAUUGUUGACAAAGUAACUCUAUCAACCAAAUUCUGCUCAGAAUCGUUUUUUCAUUAGCAAUGGUUAAUCAUUACUUACAGAUAUACAUUCAAUUUCCUAUAACAAUGAAUGUUAAUCGUGUUGUCGUUAUGUAGAAUUGUAUGACUUCGAAACAAUUAUAUUAUUUUGUUCAAAUAUUUGAUUUUUACAAAAAUAUUUAAUUUUUCAGAAUAUUAUAAUGUUGAAUAUAAAUACAAUUAACGGAUAACAGCAGAUUUGAAAAAAGUGGAAUAAUAAUGCGGUGAAACAUUACUUUAAUUUUAGAAUUCAACGAAGAUUCCAGAAAUAUUAUUAUUAAAUUAUUAUUUUUCUACUAAUUAUAGUAUAAUAUAAUAAUAUAUAUUAUUAAUGAAUAUUUAAAUUUAAAAAAAAUAGAAUAAUUUGUAACAAAACACAAUUUGAGUAAAUUCUGUUAUUGGUUUUACGAUAAAAAUGUAUAUACAUUCUAUCUUAAAUACGAAACAGUACAUUUUUUAAAAAAUAAACUUAUCCAUAGUAAUAAAUAUAGUAAUAAAUUCAAUACAAAUGAAGUACUAAAAAUUAUUCAAUCAAUAAAUGUAAUUACUAAUCAAAACUAUUUCCAGUAUAAUAAUAAACAAUAUAUUAGCAAAAAGAAGUGUUAGUUAUGGGUGGGCCUUUAAGUGCUCUUUUAUAAGAAAUUUACAUGCAAAAUUAUGAAAUCAAUUAUAUUAUUAACAACAAAAUAUACAGUCCAUAGAUAAUUGCAAAUUAUAAAUAUGUUGAUGAUACUUUCAUUUUAUUUAGAGGUUCAAAUAGAUAAGUGAAAAAUUUAGUUAAUUACUUAAACAAAAUAAAUAAAAACAUUCAAUUACACUCGAAAUACAAAUAAAUAGUAAAUUAAUUUUUUAGAUCUUACAGUUUCCAUAGUAAAAAAUAAAUUUGAUUUUAGAAUUUACAGGAAACCUACACAAAAAAAUGAUGCUUAAUACCACAUGGUUCUAAUCAUCCUUAUUCUCAAAAAAUAUAAUUAUCAACACGAAUUUAAUAUUAUCUAUAUCUAUAUUAUCUAUUUUUUCACUGUGUUAUUCCUUCAUUUAUUUUUUCAUAUUCAGUCGCGUUUUACUUUUUGACUUUGUGAUUUUACUUGACGAUGAAUUUUUAAUCUGAAACUGGUCGUAGAAUAAACAUUUCAUAAUACUCCAGGCUUUAAUUAAUUAAUUAAUUUAUAUAUUUAAUAUAGAUUUGUUUGUUCAAAAAAAUUUGUUUAAAACCAUAUGUAUACAUUUUAUAUAACAUGGGUACCAGACCUCAAGACUUGAUUAAUCCCAAAUAUAGUCUUCGGCACAUUUAAUUUAUUUAAUAGCCCAUUGUAUAAGACCAUCUCAUUGGUAUCUCGUGACCAACUAUUAUUAGUUAUAUUAUCUUAUAACUUACAAGUGUUUUGAAUUUUAUGAUAAAAGUUUAAUUUAUGAAAAUAUAUUUAUAAACUAAUGUAUCACAGCGUCGUUUUUACUGUAUAAUAUAUGAUAAUGAUAAUAAGAAUAAAAUUUUACAUAACUGAAAGUUAAAAGUUGAAUCAUUUUGUUUAUCUAAUUUAAAUUUAAUAGUUGUUCUUUAAUAAAUACAUAAUGUACAAGCAUUUAUUCGUCAUUGCCACACAUAAUAAAAAAAAAAACAUUAUUAUCUCUGCACAUGAUAUAUAAGGUGGUUGUUAAAAUUAAAUACAAGCUGUGUCAAAUCUUUUACUGUACUCAUAACAAACAGUAAUUAUUGUUCUUGUUAUUGUCUGAUUAUAUUAUAAUAAACGUCUCAUUCCAUUUGUACAGUUAAAACAUUUCUUUAAAUACAUUUUUUUCGCGUAAAUUUAAAUUUAAUGAAAUUAAUUAAUUAACACCUACUAAUGAUGUUUUAUUUUUUUAAUGUUUCAGAAAUGACGGGGAACCGAAUUGUGGUGAUGGCCAGACAUGGCGAAAGCGAGUGGUCCAAAAACAAUGUUUUCUGCGGAUGGUACGAUUCAUUAUUAUCAGAUCGAGGUAAUACUGUAUAACAUUAUGUUGAUGAGAUAUUUAAAAUAUACUGUAUACUCACAAAUAGUGGUAAAAAAAAAUAUCGUCAAGAUAAAUUAUCAUUAUUGCCCGUUCAUACCCACUUAUGCCAUUAGAAUCGUAAUAGUAUUACAAAUUGUAUAUAUUUCAGCAAUUAUAAAUCUAAAAUGUACAAUUUUCUACGAUUUACUACAAUUUUUUUUAAGUGUUUUAUUUUGGUAAUUUUUGACUAAUUGAUAUCUAUUUCCCUAUGCGUAGUGUAAAUAAUACGAAAUAUUUAUUAAUUUAUCUAUUUUUUUUAUAGAAACAAUUAUUAUAACGAUACAACUUGCUCCUCGAAAUUUAAUAUUUUUUCUUAAAUUAUGAUUUUUAAAAAAAGGGUAAAUUUUCAAAAAUGUAAAAAUUUUACUGUUGACUUUUGAAGGUUUCCAAACUAUACUGCUUGGCAUUUGAAAACUUCCGAAAUUACGUUUUCCCAAGUUUUGCAAGCUUUUCUACUCAAUAUGAAUUAUAAUAUUUAUUAGUUAUAAUAAAUUGUUAAAUAUUAUAAUAUAGGUAUGGUUGAAGCUAUGGAAUGCGCAGAAUUGUUGAGACAGUCGAACUUUAAAUUCGACAGAGCAUAUACGUCUUUGUUGACCAGAGCUCAUCAGACUUUAAAGAUUAUUACUAAUCAAAUUGACCAGCCAAACCUACCAGUUGAAGAAUCAUGGAGAUUAAAUGAACGGCAUUACGGGGCUUUGACGGGAUUUAAUAAAGCCGAAUUGGUUAACAAAUACGGCGAAAAACAGGUAAUUACCUUACCUACCUAAGUACAUAAUUAUAUUAUAUUUAUCUGUAGUAUUUCAUCAUAAAACACAUGGCAAUUUUGUAUUACGAACGCAUUUUGAAUUCCAUCUGGUUUGUAUCGAAUCAAUAUUAGGUUUAGCUGUUUAUUUUUUACAAUAAAUCAUAAAUAUUUAAUAAAUAAAAUUACCGGUAACCUUACCAGUAAAUAAUAAUAUUAAAUAAUGUGAAAUGAUUUUAACGGGUAGUGUGAAUACUGAAUAUACUUUUAGACGUAUAUAAAAAUUUAUAUGUGUGCGUAUAAAUAAAAUCUAAGUGAAUUAAUUGUUAAUUGAAAUACAAUUUAAGUAUUUUGUCAAUAAGAUAAAUUUAAGUUUUUAAAUUUUGGUACCUAAUUAUUUUUGAAUAACUUAAAAUUAGUAACAAAUUGAUUCUAAUUAAAUUUUGAAGUACGAUUUUAAAGUUAUAAAAAAAAAGAUAAUAAAUGUUAUAAAUAAUAGUAAUGCUAAUUAAAGACCAUUUAUAUUAUCCAUACAAUUUUUUACUAGUUACUCCUAUAAAAUAAAUGCGUAUGGUAUCUGUUGUACACAUAUACAAUUUAUUAGUUUAAAUACUUUAAAUUAUACAUAAAAUACUUAAUAUAUUUAUUUAAUGACUGUUAAAUUUUUAGGUACACAUUUGGAGAAGAAGUUUUGACGUUCUUCCACCGGAGAUGGAGUCAAGCCACAAGUAUUAUAAGGCCAUAUGGCGUAAUCCGAAAAUCGUGUCUGCAGCAUACGCUUCAAACGAAAAGUUUCCAAACACUGAGUCGCUUAAAGAAACCAUGGAGAGAGUCAUUCCUUAUUGGAAAGAUUAUAUUGUACCAAGCAUUCAAAGUGGACAACGAGUUUUGAUCGUUGCCCAUGGUACGGUUUUGCGAAGUCUCAUCAAGUAUUUAGAUGGUAAGUAAUUAAUAAGUUUUGUUCUUGUAUUACAAUUUAUUGAUAGUAUAACAUUAAUAUAUUUCUUAUUAAUUUGACCAAAUGAUUUGUUUCCAAAACCAGGGGUAUCAGACUACGAUAUUUGCUCAAUCAACAUUCCUUCUGGUAUUCCGUUUGUUUAUAAAUUUGGCGAUGACAUGAAAGUCGUUUCCUCGAGGAAAUUCUUGGGCGAUAGAAGACGAAUAGAGGAAGGAAUUGCCAGAGCUGCCACAAUUGGCACUCAUUAAAUUGUCAAUUUUCAAAUCGACUUUAGCGAAUGACCACUUUUCUUGUCUGGGUUUUCAGAUAUAUACUUAUUAUUAUGUUUUAUUUAAUUUUAUAAGUUAAUUUUUAAAUAUAUAAUUAAUGGUAUACCAUUCUUUUUAUAAUGAAUAUAUAUAUAUGAUUAAUCAUUUCAUAAAAAAUAUGCCUUUACAACUUAAUGAAUUCCUGCAUUUUUUACUUGUCCGGCUCCAGUGAUAGGUGAAGUUCACGAGAAAAGAAA